CAGUUCCAAAGUUAUACGAAAAACGGAACCAACACUAUCAACUAAAAAAAAAAACAUAGGCACAAAAGACACAAACAAAAACAAUCAGUUGUUCUGUUUAUCUUGUCACAUAAAUAUGUUGUGUACAUGGUGACUCCAUCUGGGUUCUAAUGUAAAUGUGCAGCCUAGGUAUUUUGCACUGUUGACUGAUUAAAGAGUGUGACCAUGAUUGUAAUCAUACAGUAGAGAAUUAUGGAUGCUGAAGAAAAGAAAAGGAUUAAAGAGCUUAUGAGAGAUAAAGAUAAAACAGAAGAAAAGUUACAAUGGAUGUACAAGGGAGACAAGCCAGAAAUGGAAGAAUAUUUACUUGGAAAAAGAAUUGACAGACACAUUGAACAAGAUGAUAAACCUCCUGAUGAUGUUGCAAUAUUUGCCGAGCGUAUACAGGCGAACAUUGCCUUGGACAUGGCUGCCAAGGCAAGAGAAGAUCCAUUAUUUGCAAUCAGGAAAAAAGAAGAAGAUGUGAAGAGAAAACUUUUAGACAAUCCAAUGAAAAUGAAAAGAUUACAGAAACAGCUUGAAGAUAGAAAGAAGAAAUCUAAAAAGAAAGAACAAUCAGAUUCUGAUGAUGAACUGAUCAGCAUGUAUCUAUCAAUUCUCAGUCAAAAAGAGAAGUCUCACAAGAAGAAGAAAAAGCAUAAGAAAAAGAGCAGUGAGGAUUCAGAAGAAGAUGAUUCUUCAUCAAGACAUUCUAAGAAACACAAACAUAAGCACAGCAAGGACCAUGAUCACUAUGAAAGAAAACACAGACAUGAUUCAGAUUCAGAGGAACAUUUUGACAAAAGAAUGAAGAUCAAAGAAGAAAAAUAUCAAAAUUCAAAAAGUGAUAAAAAAGACAUUAGAAGAAUGGACAAAGAUAGAAAAUCAGAAAGCAGGAAACAUAGACAUGAUUCUUUAUCAGAUGAUGACCGUCAUCAUAAAAGAAAACACAGACAUGACUCUUCUGAUGAAGAUUCCUCAAGACUUUCUCAUCAUGGUCAUAACAAAGCUGAAAAGCACAAAGAAAGUUAUAAUCAUGAAAAACUUGCAAAACACAAUGAAUUAAGCCACAGACAAAAAGAUAAUAUAGAUAGACAUAAAAGAGAACCAGAAAAAGAUCCAGUCAGAAAGCGACAUGAUUCUGAUUCAGAAGAGGAGAAAGUUGUUCCUGUUGCUAGAAAAUAUGGACUUAUUAAAUUGAAGCCAACUCCAGAUGAUGAAGGAGCUAGAAGAAAGAGAUCAAGGUCUCCAAGGAAACACAGAUCUAGAUCGCCAGUGCAAAAGCUCAAAUCUACAUACAAUAAGGCUGAUUAUAAACCAAGAAAACUUACAGAAGAAGAAAAAAAGAAAAAAUUAGAGGAGAUGAUGGAUAAUGCUAAAUGGAGAGAAGACAAUAGGACAAUGAAUGUGAAGAGAUAUACUGAAGAAGAGAAAAGAGAAAAACAAGAGAGAUUAAAAUCUCAUGAAUCAGGCUUCUUAAAUUCAAUGAUGUCCAGUCAUGCAGAACAGAGUUCAGUAGAAGAUAGAAUCAAACGAAACAGAUAUAAUUUACAAAGGACAAAAGCAGAUUUGGACAAAAAUUUCUUGAAGAAACAGUAAAAAUGAAGUUUUUAUUUUAUCCCAAUGAAUAUGUAAUAAAUGUAAAUAUAUAUAA